AUGUCGUCCGACUACAACUACGACGCCGAGGGGCAGUUCUUCCCCUUUUUCAUGUUGACAGUCGUCUCUGUCUUCACACUUCCUCUGACAUAUAAUGUCCUCAAAGCGUCAGAAGAACUCGAGCAAACCGGCCAGCGGGUCGAGUCCGAUUUCAAACCCAAAGAUGCCGACAUCAUCGACGCACAGCGUCGAAAACAGAAGCGCAAGGAGCGCAAGAUCAAGCGCAUCAUCGCCGUAGUCUUUGGCUGGGCCGCUAUGGCGUAUCUAGGCUGGCUGGUAUACAAUUCGGAGCAGACGAGGCCGCAACUGUGGGAUCCAUACGACAUUUUGGGGGUUUCGAGGAGUGCCUCCGAGAAGGAGAUCAACAGAUUCUACAAACGUCUCGGUAUCAAGCACCAUCCCGAUAAAGCCAAACCCGAUGAGAGCAAGAACGAGACUAUGCAGACCAUCAACGAUCGAUGGGUCGAAAUGACCAAGGCCUACAAGGCACUGACCGAUGAAGAGAUCCGCAAUAACUAUCUCAUGUACGGCAAUCCGGACGGAAAGCAAGGCACCAGCAUUGGCAUCGCAUUGCCGAAGUGGAUGGUCGAGGAAGGCAACCGGUACUUCGUUGUGGCUUUCUACGGUAUUCUUUUGGGCGUUGUUCUGCCAUACACGCUGGGCAGCUGGUGGUAUGGAACACAGGCACGCACCAAGGAGAAGAUCCUGCAUGCCAGCGCUGCCAAUUUAUUCCGUGAGUACAAAGAGGAUAUUGAAGAAGAGGGCGUUGUCAAUGCGUUGAGCGUGGGAGAGGAGUACAAAGAGACCAUUAAGUCAGAUGCUGGUGCAGCCAAGGUUGAGAGCAGGGUGCUGGCAAGCGGGGUCCUUUCGGAUGCUGCGAAAGCGCAGCUGAAAUCGCUCGACGAUCCUACGCAGCGGAAGACCGCUUGUUUAUUGUGGGCGUAUCUCGGCCGUCUCGAUCUUGGGGAUGCUGAGCUGGAAAAGGAAAAGUACUCUGUUGCGCCAACGGCGUUCUUGCUCAACAAUUCGCUGUCCUCGAUGACCUUACCCUUCCAGCAGCUCAAUCCUCUGCUAGCCACCUAUCACGCGGCUCAGAAUUUGAUGCAAGCCGUUCCUCCCAAUGGUUCGCCAAUACUCCAGCUACCGCAUUUCACGCAGGAAGUGGCACAGAAGAUCACCGGGACCCAGUCGAAAUCGCCGCUCAACAUUCACAAACUCAUGGCAUUGCCCCCUUCCAUUCGCCGGAGCCUUUGCUCGGCUCUUUCUGACUCUCAGUACGACCAGGCCAUGAAGGUGGCUUCGCAGAUCCCUUACCUUAAAUUGGAGAAGGCCUUUUUCAAGGUCAUAGGUGACAGGGUUGUCACUCCCAGCUCCCUGGUGCAACUUAUUGUCAAAGCGCGUGUGAUCCCUCCGGGUACCCCCGAGAAGGACAUCCCGGCAGUCAAGCCAGCAGACCUAGAGGACAAAGAUCCUGAGGAGGGUGACGUUGAUGCGAUUAAGGGUCGCAAGAAGGAGAAGGACAUACAACCACCUCUUGCUUACGGUCCGUAUUUUGCGGCAGAUCACGCUCCCCGGUGGCACGUCUUCCUGGCCGAUCAACGCGCUGGUCGCAUCGCAGUUCCCCCUUUCACAUUCACCGCUUUCGACAAAGCGCCGUUCAACGCCGAUGGGUCGCCAACGUUCAACAUGAUCACCUUCAGGUGCCAGUUCCAGGCACCGCCCCAGGUGGCAGGAUUCCCCUUCACAAUGCAUCUAGUUUGCGACAGCUACAUUGGUCUGGACUCGAAAACAGAUAUUGUGCUAGAUGUACGAGCCGUGAGUGAAGCGGAUGUGGUGGAGAGCGACGAUGAGAUCAGCGAGCCCGAGGAGGACAGUCUAGCAGGCCAACUCCAGGCGAUGAAAGGAGGUCAAUCUCAGCCGCAAAAGCGCAAGCUCAAGAAGAUUCAGGCUGUGGAAAGCAGUGACGAUGAAAGCGAUACCGAUGGCGACGAGAGUGAUACGAGCGCCACGGACACGGAGACCGAGGACGAGAGCUAG